CCCUACUCUCUCCGGGGUCCUCUCUAGGCGUGCAUGCAUGCGGAAGCGCGCCUAGAGCCUAGUACGCCGGGGCGGGUUUUGGGGGCUAGAGCCCAUCCGCGCCCGGCUGUUGGUUUUCCCCCUCUCCUGUUGUUCCCCGGAGAGGGUAGGGUGAGGUAUCGGCUAGGUAGCAAACUUGGUUAGUUACAGAGUUGGGUCUCUUAGACGCUGUUCGGAGUCUGGGCCCGCAGGCCAGGUCCCAGGCGGUGUAAGUUGACGAGGGGUGCGACUCCUCUGGCACUGGAGUGUGUGCGACAAAAACCGCGUUUGCUGUACGCCCGCUUGCCUGAAAUGGGCUUUGGCUACUUUUGUCAAAGGUGAAUGUGCAUUGGAAAGUUCCAAUGGUUUGCAUUGAAAGUUCCAAUGCCGCGGCAAGCUUAUUGGACGCACGAGUCAACCACCAUUUUCCUUCGUAUUCGCCGCCGCAUAGGACGUUUGCCACGUUAAUUCUUCAAUUGAAUAUGAGCUACGUGGUACGCAAAUGCCACUCCUUACAAACCGUGGCGGGUCAAUCCUAACAAGGCACUUCACGAGUAAUGGUCACGCUAGCAACGUACUUCUAGUACGUCCUAUUCAGCUUCACACUACAAACUGCCAUCCCCGUAUACAAUUGCGUGCGCAAAUGGUGGACCUGGAAGCUCUACCAUUGCUUUCAUUGCCCCGAGGCCGUCAAGGCGCAGCAGUGGCAUACCGGCACUUCUUGCCGGUUAGUUCGAAGCCAUGUGCGGCACCUUCACCUAGUACUGAUCCGAUUCCAAUUGGAAGCAAGGGCAGUGGCGGCCCUGAGUUAUGUAUCCUGUACUGCAAUGGGCUCAAGAGCAGGAUGGACGGGACCAAAGUACGAGCGGCACUACAAGUUGCAGCCUCUACCGGUAGCGAAUUUGUAUGCUUUGACUAUUCGGGCUUUGGCGCAUCUACAGGUCGGCGGUUUGAGUCCUGCGGGCUGCAGGACUGGAUUGAGGAUGCAAUUGCGCUGCUGGAGCAAGUUGUGGUGGCGCGGCGUGUCGUUAUCGUAGGCAGCUCCCUAGGAGCCUGGGUCGCUCUCAGGCUAGCCCACCUGGCGAGCAGCAGUGCCACAAGCAACACCAGCGGAAGCAAAGCUGGACCAAUCAGCAGCAGUCAGUCCGGUGUGUCUGACAUCAGUGCAUUCGGCAACGGAUCGCCCCAUGUUGGCUGCUCCAGCGGCGGCAACACGCUCGCCGCACCCACCAUCGCCUCCCUGCUGCUGGUGGCUCCCGCAGUGGACUUCUCAGAGGUCCGCUGGGCCGCACUCAGCGUCCAGCAGCAGCGACAUGUGCUGUACGGCAACAGCAGCAGCAGCAGCAGCGAAGAGUGCGGCGGUGAUGGCGAUGGCUGUAGCAGUAGCAGCACAAUGGUCCAAUCUUUGGGGAGCAAUCCUAACGAUGACAGCAGCAGCCUCACCGGUACCUUGGACCGAGGCGGUGGUGGGAUUGUGAGUCUAGGCUCACCGUACCCGUUGGAAGGCGGAGACGGUGUGGGCAGGGCGUACUUUGAGCAGGGGCGUGCGCAUUUGCUGCACUGUCCCAUGGGUCGAUCCCAGACGCUGGCGCCAGGAGUCGCGUACUUGCCGGAAGCGCUGAAGCAGCAGGAGUUUAGUAGCAGCGGUGUUUCGUUAAACUUAUGCAACAUGGAAAGGACGGCAGCAGUGGCAGCGGCUGCUUCUCCGACAACCUUACCAGCAGCAGCUACAGCUACAGUAGCAGCGGGUGCUGCAACAAUGACGUCGCCCGUUUCCUGCCCCUGCCCCGUCAUUAUCAUCCACGGUACACAGGACGAGGUGGUUCCUGUCUCUCACGCGCUGCUGCUGCAUGAAGCACUAACAGCUUCUGCUGGCACGACCACCACCACCCCCACCUCCGCGGCAGCAACAGCAGCUUCAGGGGCCGAAGCAGUAGCAAGGAAAGCGACAGCGGCAGUGAUGGAGCGGCGGCAGCAGAACACGGUGCGGUUGGAGUUGGUGGCGGGUGCAGGUGGGGAUCACCGGCUGUCUUCCGAGGAGGGGCUGAGGGUGUUUUGUGCUUGUCUGCGGGAGCUGCUACUGGGAGGGGGCCGUCAUUGGGAGUGCUAGGUGUGUGGAACUGAAUGCAAUGAUGGGUAAGUAGUCGGGGGCCACCCCGGGUUGUAUGCAGGUUGACGAAAGAAGCUCUAGAUAAGGUGAUGCGGAUGAAUGGGAUUUGGGUGCACUGGUGGCUAUAGCAGGUUGUGCUGCCUGUGGUUCCGGAGGUGAAUAAUUUCAUAGCGUCAGGCGUGACGCAUGGGGUGAUGUAGCACGGUUGGAGUAGAUACCUAAAGCUGCUUUCCUCGUUAAUGGCUGGGGCCAUCAAUUUCCCAAGCGAUGCUUUUUUUAAUGUUGUGUACGGGUUGAAUUCGAAGGUUGGAUGCGCAGGAGGGUAUGUUGCUUAGCCAUACAUACAUGAAAUCCGUAACUGCUUGCAGUGAGGCAUGCCGACCUUGGCUUAUCAUGCUUUAGAUCAAGAGGAACAUACACUGGUAACAGUUGGUUUACCAUAUGAACAGGAAACUUGAUGCCGUAUACUUGUCGUACGUACAUGCUGGGUGGGGCCCACUAUCCGUGGUUGCCUGGCAAAGGUCUGCGUGUGUCAAGAGAUACCGGUCGUACAUUAGCCAAUCCAGUUGCGUAUGGGGCGAAAAGGUACUGUUUUGCUGGCCUGGUUGCCCAACACGUGAUGCUUGGCUGCUUAGACGGUGCUAAGCGAUUAGCUGUAGACUGUAUGUACACCAGUACAUUGUAAGUCUCAGUGAAG